AUGGAUGGAACACGGGUAUUUUUCCAUUUUUCUGAUGCGCUAUUGGUGCUGCAGAGUUCAAAUUCAUAUUCCCAGACAACAUUGUUGGGUUUCUAUUCUUGGGCAUUUUCAACAGUAAUGUACGGCUUGCUUUCUUGCUUGCUUGUCUUGUGUUGUUUUAUAACUACUUAUUCUUCUCUGUCUGUCUCUCUUCGGGGUUGUAUCUUUUUGUAUUUAGGAUAUUCUUUUUUUUUUAUACUUUACUUUUUACUUUUUCUUUCUCUCGUUUAUAGUUUAGUUUAG